CGCGACUCCCACCGGCGGCCGGCGUGGGAGCAGCAACUCGACCAGCACCGCCGCGAAGGCUUGCAGUAAAAAACUUUGGGGUCGGGCUUCCGAGAUUUCCUUCUCUCCGCCGGUUUCGUUUCUCUUGUGGCUCCGGUCGGCGGUCACUUCACUUCUCUCUGCUGUCUGCUCGACUGCUCCUCGCCGUUUACGGCGAAAGCGGUAAAAGAAGCCGGAACCCCGGCGACCUCUGGUCUGCUCUCCUGUGCAUCCGAAGUCACCGCCACCAGGAGAAGAUGCAGGGGACUCAGAUAGGCUCCCACACGAUUCAGACUCAUGGAGCGAGAUUGGCCAGAAAGCACACGCACGACUGGGUGGUUCUGAUUCUUCUAGCUGCGCUCGUGGUCGCGCUGCAUUAUGCUCCCCCGUUCAACCGGUUCGUUGGGAAGGAUAUGAUGACUGAUAUUAGCAGUGGCGGAACCAGGAUUAAGUACCCAGUGAAACCAAGCACCGUGCCAGCAUGGGCCGUUCCUAUCAUCUCUAUCCUGUGCCCUUGGAUCAUCUUCGUAUCCAUAUAUGUCGCCAGGAGAGACGUUUAUGAUCUGCAUCACGCAACAUUAGGCGUUCUCUUUGCUGUGCUCAUAACUGCGGUUUUCACUGAUAUGAUCAAGACUGCAAUAGGAAGACCUAGGCCAGACUUCUUUUGGCGAUGCUUCCCUGAUGGAAAGCAGUUAUACAACCAGGUGACCGGUGGUGUGAUUUGCCAUGGUAACAAAAGCUUCUUAACUGAUGGGCGCAAGAGCUUUCCUAGUGGCCACACUUCAUGGUCUUUUGCUGGUCUUGGAUUUUUGUCACUCUACUUGUCUGGCAAAAUUAAGGCUUUUGAUAGCCAAGGUCACGUGGCAAAACUUUGCAUCGUGAUCCUUCCUCUCCUUCUCGCUUCACUUGUUGGGAUUUCUAGAGUAGAUGAUUAUCGGCACCACUGGGAGGACGUGUUUGUUGGCGGCCUUAUUGGAUUUAUUAUGGCAGUGCUGUGUUACUUGCAUUUCUUUCCUCCUCCGUAUCAUGAUCAAGGUUGGGGACCAUAUGCAUACUUCCACAUGCUGGAGGAACUUCAAGCAGCCAAUUCAAAUGAUGCACAGAACCAACAACAUACAGCUACUGGUGGGCAACACAUUGGCCUCUCUAGGCAGGAGCAUGAGAUGAAGUCAAGAAACGAUUUGGAAUCUGGAAGUGUGUAACAUACCUUCUGCUCUUUAACCAAACAAGCAGCCAUGUACAUUGGACAGCUGGUGAGUACGUGCAAGAUAAAAUCAUGCCACACAGGUGAGGUUUAUCUCCAGUAAAGGUAAAGGACAGGCAUAAGCAUAAUCGCCGAAUGACUUGAAAAGGAAAAGGGUGACCAACUUUCAGAACUUAGCUGAAGAAUAUCUUGGAAAGACGAGCAACUUUCUGAAUUUACCACUGGGCCAACACGGGUAUAUGCAUUGGGCAAAUAUGCGGCGACAAUGGUUUAUGCAAAGGCACGGACAAAUUUGCAGGUGUGUGCGUGAGAAGAAUUCUGAAUAGAGCAGAGAAUGAAAACAAGGUGCAGAAGGUUUGUAUCCGUUUCCUUCUGAAGCAUUUUGUUGUGUGUUUGUAAAACAUUGUACAGUGAAUGUUCUGCCAGUUUUUACCUUUCCUGGCCAAAAAAGGAAACAGAAAAACGGUUUUCCACGUCG